UCUAUUAACAGCAGUCCACAACAGAAAGCACCUUGAUGCUCUCUUAUAAAAGGAGCAGCCGUCAGAGACAGUGACUACUUUAAAACAGGAGCAGAGGAUCCUAUGAACACGUCAUUGGUUAUGUAACGCAGGGAAGCGGACUAGCAACAUUCCGCUCUAUUUCUGGAUGAACGUGUCUUUGGCUUCACAUUAACGUUCGUCAUGGGUGAGCAACUUUGUGCCAAGAGAUCUGUGAAGCGCUUUAUUCUUAAGUGUUCUGAAGUUAUUUCCUUUCCACAGGACUUAUAAACCGCUAAAGAGGAUGAGCCAAUUCUCUCCCCAUAUGCGGGGCACACAAUCUAUGCGUACUCCACCAAGCAUGAGCAGCGAGUUCCCUGGUGGGAGAACAGAGAGGAUAACGAGUUUCAGUUGUCGUACAAGGCCACCUCCACUCCAUUACGAGCCCUGGACCUCUUCGGUGACCACUGACCUCUUGCAUAGCUCUGUGCUGACCAAUGACGCCAGGCUGACCCAUGACCUCAGGCUGACCCAUGACCCCAGGCUGACCCAUGACCCCAGGCUGACCCAUGACCCCAGGCUGACCCAUGACCCCAGGCUGACCCAUGACCCCAGGCUGACCCAUAACCCCAGGCUGACCCAUGACCCCAGGCUGACCCAUGACCCCAGGCUGACCCAUGACCCCAGGCUGACCCAUUGCACCAGGCUGACCCAUGACACCAGGCUGACCCAUGACCCCAGGCUGACCCAUGACCCCAGGCUGACCCAUGUCCCCAGGCUGACCCAUGUCCCCAGGCUGACCCAUGACCCCAGGCUGACCCAUGACCCCAGGCUGACCCAUGACCCCAGGCUGACCCAUGACUUCAGGAAGAGUUCCAGUCUGACCCCGUAUCAGGCCAUGAGAGAAAUGCGAUCCAAAACUUGUGGCUGACCCCUUACCCCAGGGUGACCCUGACGUCCGGUCUGACCUGAGAUCUAUACUGACCACAACAAUGUUCAGCCACACGUUUGUGGGGGGGCGAUGAAAUUCGUGUCCCCAAGAGAUUCUGAGUGAAACCUAGUCAUCAGUAAAGAGCCAAUGCCGUUUAUAUGCAUUUGCGACCAUUGGUGCUUAUUUUGAGCAUAGCCUAGCAUGAUCUUUAUCUGAAAAUCACCUUAUUAAAAUAAUCAGACAGGUCCAUAGAGCCUGUGUGCGACAUGUUGGGUCUUUAGAGCGUGUAAUCAGAUGACGUGCAAUAAGGCAUUGAUGACCACCAAGUUUCCGAAUUUCUAAUCCAUCAGGGCUAUAAAGUGUAAAAUAAGUAUAAAAUAUUUAUAUAUAUAUAAAGAUGUGCCUUUAAUUUUGAACGCAAUAAUCAUAUUUACUGCCUUGAGGUGACAAAUAAACUAAUAAAGAAAUAAAGAAGAAC